AUGGCGUCCGAAUUGAUCGCUAGUCCCCGAGUGGAGCACCCACCGAGCCACUCCGAAGCUUUCUUCCGUUGGCGGAACAUGUCAAUGUCUGCCAUGUGGUACGACUACUGCGUCCCUAAUACAACUCGUCAUCUCAGGCUUUUUGUCGAUUCCUUUUUCUCAUUUUGGCUGGCCGUGAAGAUCUCGACAGUCUCCCGCUCGGAAGACGAAAUCAGUUGGUGGUAUCACCUCUCUCCUCAGUGCCAUUGUCGUAUUGUUGUUGUUUGGUGUUGUGCUGUUCGUCAGAUCAUAAACCAAAUCCUCAAGUAUCUUGCCCCUCCAGCACCUCCUAGUUCACAUUCAUAUAGCAUUGCAGGGUUCGUCUUGAAGAUGUUCAGCUGCUUCUCGUCGAUUCCGUUGAAAUGGGUCUUUGAUCGUAGCAACUUCUUCCAUGCUUCCUCCUACAAGGCGUUCCCGCUGUCAAAGCUUGGCCAAAUUGCCGAAUUAGAUGGUGGACUUCCCAGAUAUCAAACCACCUUUGGUCAUGCAAGGCUGAGGGCGCCUUGCGCUUCCCGACAACACAGCGUCCACACUUCUAUCCCCGGGUCGAUCUGUCAAGAAUUCCGGCUUGUUCGCACCGUCGCGUCGAACAUGCCGGGCCUCACAAUAGUCCCCGAUUCGAUGUCAGGACGAGGACCGGGAGGGCACUCAUCGACGCAACAGCCCCAAUCACCUCCGCGCUCAGCAUCUCCCACGCGUCCUCCCGUGAGUCCCAUCACGCCCACCCUAUCAUCCGCCCAUCUCUCCUCGGCCCGUUUCCGUCCCAGUUCUCCACCACCACACCCUCCACCCUCGUCGCAGUCGCAGCCGCAGCCGCAACCACAGGCACAACCCCAGCAACCUCGACCCGAACCCCCUUCCUUCGCCGCCAGCCGCCAAACAUACACCCACGCCCGCCUCGUCCCAGACGCAAACGCGACCGCCAUCCCCCCGCCAGCCCCCACCCCCCUCGACUUCGACUCCAACCCGGACGUCCUAGCCCUGCAAUCCGCCAUCUCCAUCCUGCAGAUGCAGCGCCAGCGCGCCACCAACGACAUCCGCGCCCUAGGCGCCGCCAAAGACGCAGCCAUCGCCGACCCGGCCGCCUUCCUCGCCGAUCUCACCUCGGGCCGCAUCCGAAACCAGUCCGACCCCCUAUUCGCAGCCGCUGCUCCCGGGAGUGCCCCCAAAGGAGGGGGAGGAGGGGGAGGAGGCGGCGGCUCUUCGUCCUCUUCUUCCGACGAUGACGACGACGACGACGACGACGACGACGACCAAAUGGACGUAGACGGUCGCCCCCCCGCAAACCACCCCCAAAGGAAAAAGAAACAACAACAACAACAACAACAACAACAACGCAACAAAAACGGCAACACCGCUACACAACCCGCCCCACCACCCCCCUGGACCGACCUGCCCCGACCACAAAACGUCGUCCGCUGCCCCCCGAUCAACUGGUCCCAGUACGCCGUCGUCGGCGAGUCCCUCGACAAGCUGCACGCCGAGCAGCUGCGCUGUCCCAGCCAGGGACAGCCCGCCGUCGUCAUGGCGCCCGGCGGGACCUACGAUUUCCGGGCCGCGGGCGACGCCAACCCGACCGAGUUUGUCGGCGUCGCCGCCCCCUACACGCCCGGGAAGGAUAAGAUCGAGAAGAAGCCGCGAGGGGGGCCUAGACGUUGA